GAACGGAACGGAAACGACCACAGAAUUGAUUUCCGGUAUGCGAGCGUUUAUUUGAAAAGUAAAGAGUGCAUUCUAAUGCUAUAAGGCGUGACUUCGUGUGGGAGAAAAGACCGGGCAAGCCGAAUACGUCACAGCUUCGGUAAUUUAAGCUCUGCAGAAUUUCGUGAAGGACGGAGAGCUAAUAAGAUAAAAGACCGGAUCGCAUUUUAUUUUACAGCAGAACUUGUGGACAUUGGUUUCGGUUAGGUUUAAAAUUUCAGACUUCUCUGAUACUUGUGGAAAAAAAUAACAAUUCGUAUGAGAUUUCGAUAUUUACAAUAAACAGUUACUUAGUUUUUUAGAGACAGACGAACAAUGUAUUACAGAAUUUCACUAGCAGUUGUUUUAUUAAGUUUAUAUACUGCAUCAGGAACCGAAGAGAUAUCCAACUCAGAAUCUACAAAUGACGAGUCCUUUAGCAGAGUACGACGAGGGGGUUUCAGCAUGCUUAGACUGGGCCGUGGUUUACAAAUGCUACGACUUGGUAAAAGAGCUUUACCUAUGCUGAGAAUGGGUAGAUCCGGUGCAGACUCUUUAUCUGACGAAGAUUUACAAUAUCUGUUCAGCUUAAUGAGAAACAACAGACAGGUACCCCUGCCUCGUUAUGGAAAAGACCUUGCCCUUCAGUAUAUGUUAAUGAAUGCUUUAAAAAACGCUGAAUUAGGUGAAUAUGACGAUGACAUUGAAUCACCUUAUGGAUUUGGUUACGAUCUUGAAUCUGCUCCCGAAAGACAAAUUCGUCCAGCACCCCGCCCCGGUAAAUACCGAUACAGACGCUCAGCCGACAAAAUGCCAACCGGAAGUGACGACAAAUCAUACGCCGAUGAUAAACAAGUUUACGACUACAUUCCUGAGGCUGAUGAACUAUAUGAUGAUGACCUUUCUGUGAGAGUUGCUCCCCUUAUGAGAUACGGUAAAGAUCACGAGAAUCAAUACGGUUAUGAUAAUGAAGUAGACAAAAGAGCCAUGCGUAUGUUACGCUUAGGAAGAGGAAUGAGAAUGCUUAGAUUAGGAAAGCGUCCAAUGGACUCCGAUAUGUCUGAAGAGGUUACGGAAGCUGAUAAACGAGCGUUGCGACUACUCAGAUUAGGAAAGCGUCCACGAUUUGCUAUGUUGCGCAUGGGCAGAGGCGGUGAUAUGGAUGAGGAAAAACGAGCAUUAAGAUUACUCAGACUGGGCAAGAAGUCCGAAACUGAAGAAUCGUGAUAGACUAGCAAAUAAGAACUGCGUUCAUUAAAUUACUCUAUAAUUUUUACCUAAAUUCAUUUAUUUUUUAUGGUGACAAAUGAAAAUGAUCAUGUGUAAAAAUGAGAUAGCCAUUUGGUAAACUGUGCGUACGCAUUUGUGAUAAUACGAUACAACAAUAACAUUUUUAUUCUACAAUAGAAAUAUAUUUCACUGGAAAAUUUUUCAUUAAACAAACAAACACGAAACUAAACUGUUAAUGUUCUUAAUGCAAACUCGGGUUCUUGAGUGACGUUUACAAAUGAGAGGUCAAAUUGACUUUUGGGACUGAGUGGGAUUUGUGAGGACUUACGAGUAGACAAUUGCGUCACAAAUGUACAGUCUAAAUAAAAGCGGAAAAUGGUAAUUUCUCUAAGAAAAACUGCUGCGAAAUAGUACAAAUUUGUAUUUGACAGUAUGUUAUAUUUUGUUCAUGUUGGUUAAAUUCUUUAUUCAUGCAAAGUCUAUAUAUAACUCUAUUGUGUUUGAUAUACAAUAAAAACUUGAUAUCA